UAUCCAGUUCGAGUUUGGCCUCUUCUUGUUAACACUCCUCUGCCGCUCGCAACCCACUGAACAGAGACAGCCUGCAAGCAAGCAGGUGGUAUGCUAGUAUAGGUUGUUCGAGCAAUAAGUGAAUCUGAAACUGGAGAGGCAGAGUGACGCAGAUAAAAUUGGUCGCAUUGCUAUUGCAAGACUGAUUAUCUACAGGAACAAAGUUCAACUGACUGGGAGGAAAUAAAGCAUUGAUUCUUCACCUCCAGGUAAAACUAGAAGCUGGUUUAAUGGCUGAAAAGUUUGAGUGAAGGUGCUUCCCGUGGCUUGUUUAUUGCAGGAUGUCGGCAGCUGAAGGCAGGUUGAGUGCAAAAGCUCUAUAUGAGCAAAGAAAGAAAUAUUCCAAUUCCAAUGUCAUCAUGCAGGAAACUUCACAAUACCAUGUGGAGCAUCUUGCCACAUUUGCCAUGGACAAGAGUGAGUCCAUUGUGACAAUAGAAGAUGCCAUCAAGAAACUUGUGCAGCUGGACAUAAAGGGAAAGGUGUGGACUCAGGAGAUGCUGCUACAAGUGAAUAACAAUUCCAUUCGAUUGCUGGAUUGUGACAGUCAGGAUGAAUUGGAGAACUUUCCACUAAACAUCGUGCAUCACUGCCAAAAUGUGCACAACCAGUCCAAGUACCAAUCAGUUUUACUGUUAAUUUGUCAAGACUCAGAUCAGCACAAACCUGACAUUCAUUUCUUCAACUGUGAUGAGGUUGGGGCUGAGAUGGUUCACGCCGAUAUAGAGAGUGCAAUCUCUGAUCGCAAAGGUGGACAGAAAAUCCGACCACAGACCCUGAAGGUGAACCAAGAGAAAAUGAAGAAACAGCGGGAGACAAUAAUCCCCUUGCCCCCCAAUACUGCUCCACCUGCCUAUCCCCCUGGUAUGAACAAAAGUCGUGCUGCUGCCCUGACAACACAAAAUGACCAAGUGGAACACAACAAGAGAAAACUCAGUCAGUCAGAACAUGAGGAAUCACAUGAAGCCGCUGUUCACAGGAUUGAGAAAGAUGUGCAAAUUCUAAACUGCAUACUGGACGACAUUGAGUUUUUUGUAGCCAAGCUUCAGAAGGCUGCUGAGGCCUACAAUCAACUGAACCAGAGGAAGAGAUCCAAAAAGAACAAAAAAAAGGCACCAGCCGAGGGCAUGCUUACUCUAAGGGCAAAGCCACCACUACCAGCAGAGUUUACCGACUGUUUUCAAAAGAUCAAGCUAACAUUGAAUUUGCUGGCGAAACUGAAAAGGCACAUCCAAAAUCCAAAUGCAGUGGAAUUGCUUCAUUUCCUGUUUGGGCCACUUGAAGUGGUAAUUAAUGGCACCGGAGGGCCAGAAGUUGCCAGAUCUAUCAUAAGCCCUCUGCUUUCCAAGGAUGCUACUGAGUUUCUAAGGGGACACCUAACUCCAAAAGAAAUCUCCCUCUGGGAGACACUGGGAGAGGCAUGGACCAGGUCCAGAGCUGAUUGGCCAAGGGACUACCAUGUUCCCCCAUAUGUGCCAAAGUUUAGAAAUGGCUGGGAGCCACCUCUAGAAAAUUUCCGUGGAGUACCUUGGGAAUUAGAUGCACAUCAGGGCACAGAGGCCACAACAGAUGCACCACGCAGACAGGAGGAAAUAAGGCGAGCUUCCGUGGAGCAAGCAGCGGCGCCCUGCUUCCCUCCACCAAAUGGGUACGAAUAUGGUAACCCGGCAUUCAAAAGAGGCCAGACUGGUGACCAGAAUAUCGCUUUAGAAGCUUAUAAGCAGAGUGCUAGUCGGCCGGUAGAUAGAACUUAUGAGACACAACCAAUUCCACAAUCAAAGAAAUAUGUUCAGAUAGUGUAUGACUUUGUCGCAAGGAAUGCCAAUGAACUCUCUGUCCUAAAGGAUGAAAUACUGGAGGUGGUCGAGGAAAACAAGCAAUGGUGGAAGCUGAAGAGCAAACUUGAUGAGGUUGGAUACGUGCCCUUUAAUAUGCUCCAUCCUGUGAAUUUAGAAGAUAUUCCAAGCCAUUCUGAAAGUCCCUACAGUGUGGGAGGUCAUCGGUACAAAGGAGAGAUGAACGCCCGAGGAAUGGGGCCUGGUGCUUCAACUGGACAUUAUGCCGCCCCUGGUCACAUGAGGCACGGAAGUCAUGAGCUACCAGGAAUGGCCAACAGGCCUUUUGGAAGGGAUAAGGAACAAAUAAUGAAUCAGAUGGAUGAAGUGAAUGAUGAACUCCGAAAUGUGAUAAUCGCACACACUAAGACAAAGCCAGGCACACGGAAUUUCCAGGUCCCAAGACAGGCGACGAUUCAGAUACCUCUGGGUUAUGAAUCUAGCAAUGAAGAUGUUAAAUCCUGGUUGGAAGUGAAAGGGUUCAGUAAAUCGACAGUCAAUAGUUUGGGUAUACUGACAGGAGCCCAAAUAUUUUCCCUUAAUAAAGAAGAACUGAAGGCAGUGUGUGGAGAGGAAGGUGCUCGUGUGUACAGUCUAAUCCAAGUACAAAAGGCUGAACUUGAUAAGCAUCGCGGUGAUACAGAGCUGGAAGAAAUUAUGAAACGAAGACAAGAACGGAUUGAUUCCAAUAGCUAGAAUUUUGCAACCAUUUGUUUAACAAUUGGACAGUAAAGCAAACAAUGUAUGACUAGAGAAGGGUCGGUCUCUUCUAGAGAAUUAAUAAUAAGCUCUAAUCAUUUUGUGACUUUUACUCCUGUUAUUUCUAAAGUAAAUUAAUAUUCAGAAUUUGCAUGGCUUUCAGGCAGUUAUAUUGUUGGCAUAAAGUAUUAAUAUGCAUUCUAUAUGAAUAUCAAAAUUUCCUUUCUCCCUAUGUAUGUGCAUAUGUGGCUAUUGUAAUAUUUGUGGACCAAUGUUGCCAAAACCUGAAGCCAAGAGAACACAGAAUAGAUGUAAUUUGCAGAGUAAUUGUGAAACAAUAAAAUUAUAACCCUACAGAUGGCUGCUGUACUUGCAGAUACACCUGAGAUCUCCACUGGGCACCAGUGAUGCUGACUGUGUUCUUGCUACACUUAUCUUGUGAUAAGGUGACUGCAAGCCUGGGUCAUUCCACUCCUUGGAUACUGUCUGCAUGUGAUGUUCUUCCUGGGUUCUCCCCCAGCUGCCCAGGCUUCCUCCUAUAUCCCAAACGCAUGCUGGCUGGCAGAUUAACCGUCUGUUGUAACUUGCCCUAGGAUGGGUACAGUAGGAGAAUCAGAAGGGAGUUGAUGGGAAUGUUAGGAAGAAUAACUUACAUAGAAAUAAUAUGAGGGACUGGGACUGAUGGAAAUCUUCUGAGGCCUGUGUGGACUCACGGAGCAAAAUCGCCUCUUCAAAAAAAAUAAUAAUGGUAUAGUUUUGGACAGAAUUAUUUAAUUGUGCAGACAACCCAGAUAAAAUAGAGAUGGAAUACCAUAUAAUGAUUACAAUUCUGUCUGUUAUAACACUAACAAUUAUUUCUAGUUAUUAUGUUAUUAAUGUGAUUUUCCUAAACUGAUGCACAAGUUUUUCUCCAUUUGAAGAUAACACUAAAACAAAUGUGUUAAAGUAAGCUUUCAUUCACUUACAUAAACAACAAUAAACAUAUUGUAUAGUUGUUCUUUUCAGGAUUUAAAAACUAUUGUUGAUAAUUGUAAGUCUUCUCAUAAUCAUGAGGCCUCUACACAUUACUUACUUGCAGGACUGUCUGUAUGUCUAUGUAUGACAGAUACCCAUGAAGUCACAAACCAAACUCAGUUGCUCAUAUACCCACAAAAUAUGAAUUCAAGGCUGAUAUUGAACAGGCAUUAUUUAUUGACAUCAGUCCAAAAUCCAGCCAACAUUCUGAUACUUGCUGAAGAUGUAAAGCCAACAUAUCCAAGAGGCAUCAACAAAAGCAUUAACAAUGGACCCACAGCUAACAGCUGCUAUUUACAAUUAUGCAAGACUGAUAAUGGAAAGAUGUUCAAACUUGCAAUUCAAGAUCCAAAUUCAACCAUCGUGAAAUUGGCAUCACUCAUCCAUUCAGUUAGAACUUUAAAAGAUUUGUGGUGUUCCUGUUUCCCAAUCUUAAACGGAUUUUGAAAAGUUUGGUGCUCGGUUUCACGGUUUCCCGUAUGGCUUUGGUCUGGCUUCUGGAAGGCUCCUCUCAUUCUCUUUGAGUCUACCCCCAUAACCUUGGCACAUAACCAUCAGAAGCUCUUGCCCAAGCUCAGCCAGCUUCAGAGGCCUGCCUAGACCCAAAAGAAGCAAUGAUCUGGGAUGGCUGACUGUGGAGAAUGGGGAAACAUGCUCUUAGAGGUCAUGCUAGGAUAUUAUUUGGUGGUUCCGUGAUGAGGAUGCACAUGCCAGACAUCCCCUCUAAAGGCAUGGAGUAGAUAACAUGCAAGGAUCUGUUGGUGGUCAUUGUUUCAAUCUCUGGAGCUGUGCUGGGAAAACUUGCUGAAGAGUAUGAUGGUAUGUACUCAUGGCUGCGUUGAAUUACUGCCAUGCUAACCCCUACUCACGUUGUUACACUUAUCAAAGUCAUCUUGUCACUGCAACCAAGUGCUGCUGUGGACUACAGACAUCAGUAGUGUUAUGAAACACCGUGUUACCUACCACGACAUCCUUGAGACCAACAACACACACAAAAUGCUGGUGGAACACAGCAGGCCAGGCAGCAUUUAUAGGGAGAAGCGCUGUCGACGUUUCAGGCCGAGACCCAUUUUGUGUGUGCUGUUGUUUGAAUUUACAGCAUCUGCAGAUUUCCUCAUGUUUGAUCCUUGAGACCAAGGUGGUUUCUUCUUAGGGCUUCUGCACUCAAUUGAUUUUUCUUGCCAGAAUGAGUCAUUGGUGAAAUUACAAAGGGAGCUUGGUCCUGAGCAAGAACUGCAGGUGGCUCACUGGCAAAGUCACAUUGGAAGCAUUCCAACAUGAGGAUGUUAAAUAAUGGCUAAUUCUCGCUCUCUGCCUGUGGAACAAAAACACACCUGAUCUGUUAACCAUGCCCAAAAAAGCUUGGUUUCUAACAUUGUCUGUGUUCAGUGCUGAGUAGUCUGCAGCUGUAAAUUUGUUGGAUAAACUGACAUUAAUGAAGUUUACCCUGCCAAGGAACAGAAAUUUGGAUGUCUGCCCUAUUAUCAAAUGACGUAUAUCCUGUCCAACUUCACACCCAGUGGCCCAUGUUUAUUUUUAAUCUAAUCAGAGCCGGAUAUUAAGAAAUAUUCUUUGACCUGCUUUCUAUGAAUGCAACUCCCCAAAGGCUACUUUCCUAUUGUGUGCUUAUGUGGCUAAAUCUUCCACUUACAAAUAUGAGAGGUGUAGUGGUGUCACAACGAUCAGUAACAGUCAACAAUUAUCAAUAAUAGCAACAGAUUUCAGUAAUAACAUUAAUUUAUUGUAAGUGUGAAAUCUCAUAAUUAAACCUCUAAAUAUCUGCAUGUUACAUGCAUUGAGCUUUGUCAGAAUCCUGCACAGAAUGUUCCCUAAGGCAAUGACAUUUCAGUUUUCGAAUAAUGGAAAAUUAUCUCCUCUAAUUAUCGCUGCACACAAGAUCUCAAAUUCAUGCAGGACUCUGCACAGAGGCUGCAUAUUGAAGUGAGAUAGUUAUGUUGCCAGAACAACAUUUCUGCAUGAGCUAUCUGUCAGUCCCUGUAAAAUAGACAACCUGCAGUAACCCUUAAGAGAAAUAGCUCAAGAAAUCUAUUUUAAACUGGGCAAUAGAUGUUUAUUUUUAUGCACAAAGACAUUUUCCACGUGAUUUUCUGGUCUGUUGUGUAUAGGAUCCAUUAUGCAUUACAAUAUUAAGACUAGCUCAUAUCUAAUGUCAAAAUUCCGUUGCUUAAUCUUCUGGCAUUUUAUGUGUUGUAACAAAGUGCAUCACUUGACAUGCAAGCUCUAUGAAAAUGUAUUGUGCAUUGUAUAAAAACUCUGUGUCAGGGAAAGUUUAAAAAGUAAGCUUUGUAAAAGAUGAACUGUUGAAUUUUUUUCUGGUAAAUUAUGGAAGUCAGAAGAAUUACUGCGUGGUUAGAGAAGCAUAUUUUUGAUUCUGGGUAUGUUUUUUUAAGUAGUGCUGAUUUAUAGAACAUUCUAGUCAUUUUAUGAGAAUAUCUCUUUAUUGUAACAUGAAUAAACGUUUAAAAAUUUUAAAAUCA